AGACUCAAGGUUAAGCCGCUCAGACUAUCGCGCCAAGGUCAUAAUCUAGACUAGACAAAUCAAGGUCAAGUCAUAACAAAGUAUCGACGAGAAGUACCAGGCCACUCUAUAUUCAAAUUAUCAUCAGUAUUCAAAGGCUUGAUUAGAGUUGUGUAGUAUCUACAAGGUUCAAUACAAUACCCUUACUAAUGGAUGACAUUAUUCCUGACUUAGUACGUGAUACGAAUUUGAGUUCACCCACUUUGGACAAAGUCCCUGUGACGAUUCUGUCAGGAUACCUUGGUGCUGGAAAAACUACUCUUUUGAAUUAUAUUCUAACCUAUGCUCAUAACAAAAAGAUUGCUGUUCUUUUAAAUGAUUUUGGAGAAGGUUCAGCUGUAGAGUCUAGUAUUGCGUGGAGUGAAAAAGAUGGCAACCUCUUUGAAGAAUGGAUAGAAUUGCGUAACGGUUGUUUAUGCUGUUCUUUAAAAGAUGCAAGUGUACGAGCCAUUGAAAAUUUAAUGAAGCGGAAGGGAAAAUUUGAUUAUAUUCUAAUUGAGACAUCUGGACUUGCUGAUCCAGGUCCUGUUGCAUCACUCUUCUGGUUAGACGAAGAUUUAUGUAGUCAAAUUUGCCUCGAUGGAAUCGUAACAGUUUUGGAUUCAAAAUACUGUUUGCCACAUCUUAUGAAGUCUACUGGGGAUGAGAUGAGUGAAUAUGAAAGACAGGUACUUUUGGCUGAUGUACUCAUUGUCAACAAAACUGACUUGAUUUCUGAUUCAGAAAAAUCAGAAGUGGUUCAGCGUAUUAGAGAUAUCAAUAAUUCUGCUAGGCUCAUUGAAACUAAUUAUUGCAAGCACAAACAUUGGUACUAGGAGGCACCAAAUAUAUAUGUACCACACUUCGGUUAAAGCGCCGAACAUCCCCUUUUCGUCCUCCAAACUUCGUAAACAACAUUAAUACCGUAGAAUGCAGGCACUGGCUGAAUAUUCAUGGCCAUGUGUGAAAAUUUCGAAAGGGAGAGUGGACUUUCCUCAUCCUCGGCCAUACCAAAGUAUAAAUCUUUUUCCUCAGUAACCUCCUGAAAGAUUUCGUCUUCUAAAUUGGCUAGGAAAAAAUCGGUGAAAGUUGGGUCUAAACGUAAACCUACAUCGACGUCAUCAAUUUGCUUAUAAUUAAUGUUGAGAUCUAAAUGAACUUUAACUAUGCACUUUAUAAGGUGAAUUUGGAAGAAAUUCUCGAUCUUCAGAUGUAUUCUAACAGUCCUAAACUGGAAGCUUUUGUUCCGUCUUCCAAAUCGGUAUCAAUUCAUUUGAAUAGAGUAUGUUUAAUCAAAAGCGUUUAAUGUGUCGUAUUUUCAGCGAAUAUCAACACUGACCUUUGAGUUUUCUCGUCCAUUCAGUCGUAAAUUGUUUGAAAAUGUUAUAGAGUCAAUGCUUUGGGAGCACAGUGUUCACGGUGAGAGCGGAAAUCCAAUGAAUGUUCUACGCCUAAAGGUAAUGCUUUCUUCAUAAUUACUAUUAAUCAUUUUAAAUAGUGAAGGUUUCUCGUUAUAAGAAUGAGUUAUUUAAUGUCGUAUGCGACUUUCCUUAGGAUCUACCACUAUAGUACGAAUGUGUCCACUAUUAUUCUGCCCUCUGUAUCAAUGAAAGUUGAGUGUGCAAUACUGAAUGUAGGGGAGACAAAUUGUGACUACGAAAUCAAAUAUACUGACUGUAUUGGCGUAUAUGGAGGUGAGGAUGAGGGUGAAAGAACAAUGCUUGAAGCAUUCCUAAAUCUUCAGAAUACCUUAGGAUAGAAUGACAUUCAGUGGGGACUAGAGAUAAAAAUGAUUUUAAAAACCCAAAAUACUUCAAGGAAGGAUUUUCGUCUUAUAAACAAUGACUGAUAGUGGAAGCCACAUACAUAUAAACCAACCCUAUAAUAAAUAAGAACUUGUGUCUAAAUUUGAACGAAUAGUUUCACAAUAUUUGGGCGCCGAGUUAAUGUGAGACAUUAAAGAGGAAGAAUGUAUUUGUAAAAUCUCAGAGAAAGAAUUCGAAGUAAAUCCAAUAUCUACGAAGCACACAAUAUGUUAUCUUAACAAUUUUCGUUUCACACCACAUGUCUCUCAUACACUAAUGUAAAUACCUACUUCAAACAGUGUUCACGUGAUUGGAUGACGUAUUCAGUAUACAAUAAACCAGAGAAUCAUGUACCUAUUUAUAUUCGAUAAUUUUGUUGUUUGAUUAUAUUUUCUUUUUAAAAGC